UCUCUCGUGUCGCGAACACGCCUUAAACUCCAGCACAUUAGGGGGCAAUAUGCGCAGUAAAGUCACAUCUUAAUGAGUCGGAGUGUAAACGAAGAACACUCACCGUAUUAAACAACACAUUGCUGAUUAUUUUGGAUCAAAUACAGCAAAGAGGUUCACGGUUUAGUUAUUAAUUCUUCGUGCAACUGUAGGACCAGACCAGUACAUUAAAGAUAAGUGGACUGUGUAAACAUUAUAUCACUGGUUGGUUUGUUGGAGAUUAUUAACUUUUAGCAUUUUACAAUGCUGUCAGAGGUGUUACAGGGGACAGAAUCGGGAGGAUUCGUUAUUAUUCGAGACACGGCUUGUUAUUCUGGACGACGCCUCCUUAAGUAUUACAUGAACUGCGCCUUAAAGAGGGGGGAAGCUGUCCAUGUGUUGGGGUUUGAAGUUCCCGAGCAUGAGUUGUGUGCCGGACUGGACAGCAAUUACUUGCAUUUGUUUCACUUUCACAGUGCAUACACCGACCCUCUGGGCUGGACCAAGCAGUCCUUGUUCACAGUGAAGCAUUUCAGCGCAAAAGAAAUCACACUGCUACUCCAGGAGACGCAACACGCCAACGAUUCUGUACUUGUCAUUGACUCUUUGUCUUGGGUUGUAAGACAUCAUGACACUGUUACCGUUUGUCAAGAACUUCAGAAGCUCAGGAAAGCAGGAGGCUCUGUAAGGAUGAUUUUUGGUCUCCUACACAUGGAUCUUCAUCAGCAAGGCAUUGUGGGAACUGUAAGCCAUGUAGCAAGCACUGUAAUUUCUGUUACACCUAUGAACAAUGCACGCUAUGCUAUGGCCAAGACAUCACAACGUAAAAAAUCUGGAAAGGUUAUGCAGAAGGAGGAGUUUUUCAGUUUACCAGAGGACUUGACACUAUCAAUAGAGACUAAACCCAACCAAUCUGGAAAUGUUCAAACAGACUUGUACACUAAGUCUGAGGUGGAUCCAACAUCAAAUCUGACUUUUAAUCUUCAUUUGUCUGAGGUUGAAAGAGAGGCAAGGGAAAAAGUCGCCCUACCGUUUGUCUUCAGUGAAGAAAAAAAGUCUGCUCUCCUGAGGCCAGGCCGGGGUUCUGGACGCAUUAUGUAUGAACCUGAUGCCAAUGAUGACAUUGAUGAUGAAGACCCAGAUGAUGACCUUGAUGUCUAAAAGUUUCCUAUUGAACAUUGUUAGGAGUGCCGUGGAUUCUGGAGCCUGAGCUACUAUAUUUUAAAUUAAAAUAAAUUCCAUAUUUAGGCCAAUUUAUACAUGUGGUCUAAAUGUCAUGUUAUGCUUAGGACAAUGCUUGUGGAAGUACAAUGCCAGCAAUAUUACACACUAUAUUGUCAUCCAUACUGUCUAUUCAAAGGGACUAGUUUGUCAUUGUAAAUGGCUGCAUCCCAAAUCACAUACUAGCAUACAAAAUAGUAUGCUAAAAUAGUACACCCUUUAUGUACCAGAUAACUGUUCUGGUAACAGUAUAAUUUUGACAUACUAUUUAGUAUGCAGACUCUUAAGCUAGCAGCAAGAGACAAAGUGACCUUUUAAAACAAUGUUUUGUUUUUAAACAUCUGUUUUGUCACAUGUAGACAACCCUGAGUGAGAAGAGAAAACUCUGUGUUUGUGAUCAUCAAAAUCAGCGACAGUGAUUCACUUCUCAGAUGCCUUAAUUCCAAGCAUAUCACACCAGACUGAUUUUAUUUAUUUAUUUUUGUGCAAGUAUACAUAUGAUUUGUGGUCAGAAGGGGACUUUUUUUUUAGUGCAAAAAUCAGACAGCUGAUUUUUGGUUAAAUGAGUAAUUUUUGCAUAUGUUCUGUAUCUAGCAAUAUUGUUUAUAACAGUUUUGUUGUCUGUUUUGAGCACCCUCUACUGACUUUUGUAAGUUGGCACCUAUGCAUCAGAAGGAAUAAUAUUUGCUGAUAGGCUAUAUACCUUUUGUGAAAAAGGCCACUAAAACCUUUUACCAGAGUUAUUACGGAUUAAUAAUGCUGAUAAAGCAAAUACUGAAAAAGAAUGAAUAAAUUCUGAUAAAUUAUUAGAAUGAAAAUAACUACCUACAUUUUGACUGGCAUUUAAAACAAUUUGAUCUUAAUUCAGCUGAGGGAUUUGUUUAUGGCUAUGUGCAGACAGACCAGCCAGUCCAACAUUUAUACCACCACAUUUCUUUUGUCAUUAUGAAAUGAUUAAUUUUUGUUUGUCUUAAUAUAUGGAUAUGUGUUGGCUUGCUUUUUUAUGGUUAUAUUCUUUAAUUAAUACAAUUAUAUAAAACGACUGGUUUUCACAAAAUUUUCUCAAUGGUAUUUUUAGUACCUGAACUAGCAUGAGGAUGUGUUUUUGAUAGAGACUCCAAAGCACUUCUGGAUAAGGGUGUCUGCUAAAUGCUGUAAACAUCAUAGAAAUAAGCAAUGUAAGGUCCAUUGUAUAUUCCAUACAUAAAAGUGCAGUUUUAAUCCAUGCAAAUUAUAUCUUGUAAAAUUGAUCAAGUCAAGGUUUACAAGGGUUAGUCUAUUUAUGUGUAAAUUAACACACACUCAAACACGAGUAGGAUACAAAAGUUUUUCUGAAUUUACAGGAUUUUCAUGAAUUUCUUGUGUAAAUACUCAUACAAUUUUUUUUUUGAAUAAAUCUGUUUGUAUCCAGUUUGAUAAAUGAAGCCAGUUGUCCUGAGGUAACACGACACACAUGUUCAGAUUAUGAUUUCACAAAAAUAUGUUUGAUGGCUUGAAUAAUGAGCAGAUGUGCUAAAAUGUGCUAAUUAAUAGAGGAUAAUGAUGUAAUGGUUUAUGUAAUGGAAUAACUUGGUGUAUAAUUUAGAGAAGACAUUAUUGUAAAUUUACCCCAUACAUGUAGUUGAGAGGGAAAGGUUUGCCAUUUACCAGAUGUUCUUUAAUUAUCCAUCCAUCCAUCCAUCCAUCCACU